GCGUGAACGAUUAUUUGAAUACCGUUCGUAAGUUGAUAUUACAGACAGUAUGGGAUGAUGUGUCGGAAUUUCUAAACGGAAGAGGAUUCACGAUCAUCGAACAAUUUCCAAAUUAAUCUAUUCGCGCGUGAUCUCGCGAAUUUUUUUAUGAUUUCUAAAUCGCGAUAACGUCAUGAUUAAAUGGCGGGGACAGGUGAAAACGUCAUUUUGACAGAAUGGCAGAAGGUCUGGAAAGGCGUACGCGAUUUGUGUUGAGUGUUCGUUCAUUUUUACUCUGUGAAUAUGGACCCGCGUGUGUUCAGUAAAUUACAAGAGAACUACGAUCGAGGAAUAAUGCCGUGAAAUUGUUCUUGCGUACGAUCGUAAAGAAAAGCGUGUCUCGUUGAAAGAAGCGUAUUACGAGAUUUCGUAUUGCCGUCGAAGCGAACGAUCGAGAAAAUUACACGGGUUUUGCUCGUAAAUGUAUCGUUAGUUUUAUGCAAGGAUUUCUGACCGUAACGCGGUACAGAUGUGAUGGAGGAUUAUAAAUUUCUCUUCAAAGUUGUGCUCGUAGGAAAUGCGGGCGUCGGCAAGACUUGCCUCGUGCGCAGAUUUACCCAGGGAUUAUUUCCUCCUGGUCAAGGUGCAACAAUAGGUGUUGAUUUUAUGAUUAAGACCGUAGAAGUAGAAAAUGAGAAAGUUAAGCUACAAAUCUGGGACACUGCUGGACAAGAAAGGUUUCGUUCUAUAACUCAGAGUUAUUACAGAUCCGCUCAUGCUCUGAUUUUAGUCUAUGAUAUUUCUUGUCAACCUACGUUCGAUUGUCUACCAGAUUGGUUACGUGAAAUUGAAGAAUAUGCGAGUAAUAAAGUUCUUAGGAUAUUAGUGGGUAAUAAAAUUGAUCGCGAGGACAGAGAAAUACCAACGCAUGUUGGAGAAGAUUUUGCACUGAGACACGGAAUGUACUUUUUAGAAACGUCCGCUAAAGAAGCGGAAAAUGUAGAACGGUUGUUCAUGGAGAUAGCGGCUGAACUCAUGGAGCAAGCACGCAGUAAAGAACUACCUAGAUAUGAAACAAAUACAACUUCAAUAAAUGGAAAAACAACAUCAAUCGGUGAUACAAGCAACUGUGGUUGUAGUCGACUUUCUUAAGUAGCUUUUCUAUGUAACAUUAAUUCACCCAUAACACACAUAAUUUUAGUUGCUAAAUAUGUACGUAGAACAUUAUCGAACAGUUUUUAUAGAGGAUGAAGAUUGAACAUGAUACUAGUCAAUCUUCCAUAACUAAAAAAAUGAAGAUUCUAAUAUUAGCACAUCUUUGAUAUUAUAUGUUAGUAUCUAGUGUUAUAUCAUACAGAUUAUAUCGACAGUUUUGUUGCAAAAAAGUAUUCAAUACUUAAAAUUAAAAUGAAUUUUAAGUAUGUUGAUAAAUAUUUGUUCAUAAAGUAGCAUGUUUUCAUAAAGAUCGACUAAAGGAAUCUUUUCGUUACGGUUUUACAUGAUUGCACUAUAUGAAUAAUAAAUAAGUUAGGGGGCCUGUGUUUAGGCAUUUAAUAAUGUUUCCAUGAACGGAAUUAUGCUAUAUUUUUUAUAGUAUUUUUUGUUGUGUCGGAAAGUACAAAUAGAUAUUUCAUAUUUGAUGACUGAAUUCGGGGUCAUCGCAGUGAAUAUAAGGUUUUUACUCAAAAUUGUAAGCCUAAUAUUAUCCAGGAUUUUUUCAAACGUGCAAUAUACAUAUAUUAUAAGUGUUUAUUACACCGCUGUAAAGAUCUACUGAUGCUUGAUAUUAAAAAGCAAACAAUUCUAUACGUUUUUAACACAUAAUAAUUUACCAAAACUAUUAUUAACAAUUGUUUACAUCGAUUAUUAUUGCUACUUAUGAUAAGUGCACACGAUUAACAGAUUCUCUUAGCAGCAUUUACACAGCCAAAGUUUUGUUGUAUUUGUUUAAGAUUUUAUUUAUGGUUUUUAAACCAGCGGAUAAUUAUUGCUUGUUCCAUCUGUGUACUGUCUGAUGUUAUUAUUUAUAGAUCUUUUAUUAUUAUUUAUAUUUUAUAAGAUAAGUCUACUAUUGCUCGUACUGUUGUAACAAUUAACACAAUUUUAUUAACACAUUA